GUAUAUGAUUAAAGACGCGUCAAAAAAAGUAACGUCCACCCGCCCUCUCUUCUGACAUCAUCCAAAAUGGCAGCCAGCAUUGGAAGACUCCUCAGGACAUCUGCAAGAGUUGCAGGAGCAUGUCGGCAAGGAGGUGCUGCAGCCGAACGAAUUGGGUCUGCUUCGGUGCUGCCGAGGGCCUGCUUCUCUAGCGGCUCUUGCAGAUGGGCCGCUGCAGUCACUCAACCGGCACCUGCUUUUAAAGCCACCGCAGUCCAUAACGGGGAAUUCAAGGAGAUGAGCCUGGCUGACUUUAAGGGCAAAUAUUUGGUCCUCUUCUUCUACCCGCUGGAUUUCACCUUCGUAUGCCCAACAGAGAUUAUCUCAUUCAGCGACAAGGCUAAUGAGUUCCACGAUAUCAACUGCGAGGUAGUGGGUGUGUCUGUGGACUCUCACUUCACGCACCUAGCGUGGACCAAUACUUCUCGCAAGGCCGGAGGCUUGGGCAGCAUUCAUAUUCCUCUGCUCGCUGACCUCAAUAAGCAAAUUUCCAGAGACUACGGUGUACUGCUGGAGGACCCAGGCAUUGCUCUGAGGGGUCUGUUUCUCAUCGAUCCUAAUGGCGUGGUGAAGCACAUGAGCGUAAAUGACCUGCCAGUGGGUCGUAGUGUCGAAGAGACCCUUCGCCUUGUGAAGGCUUUCCAAUUUGUGGAGACCCACGGUGAAGUGUGUCCCGCAAGCUGGACCCCCAAGUCACCAACAAUCAAACCAACCCCCGAAGGAUCGAAAGAGUACUUUGAAAAAGUCAACUGAUUGGAAAGCACUACAAGUCCAUUUAGGUUGUUAAGUCGCUUUAUGCACUGUGAUAUGGAGAGUUAUGCUAAUAAAAACUGAUUUAUGGAAAAGUAAAA